AUAAAGACACCCAGGCGGUUAGAACAACUUUAAACCGAAUCAUAAAGGAGACACCGCUGUUAACCAGGUUAACAAACAUACAACAAAUAUCGGUUAUUUUAUACAACGUUGGUUUGAGAUACAAAUAUCAGAAAAGCAGCAAAACUCUUUUGUGAUAUUUAUUUAUGUUCAGAGUAAGUAAGCGUUCGUCUAAUCAAGUUGGUUUCUAUGUGGUGGAAUAAAUAGUAGAAGGGGAUAUAUGUUUUACUACAUUGCAGAAUACUAUGUGAAACAAAUGUCUGCAGGAUGGUAUUAAUACGUACAGGUUUACCGAUAAAAUCGUUGGAGGCAGAAUAGAUACCGCUGCUAUAACAAAGUAGAGCUCUCUCACUCUAGACACUCUACAGUAAAAAGCCAAUAGUUCUUUUCAAGUAUAAAUCACCUGGAGUUGAUACUGGAUAAAACAUAUUCCGGAAUAAUAAUCAAAAUGAUCAGUUGUAACCAGUUUUUCAAAGUUAUGCUAGUUCGUGUCCAAAAUAAAUCAUUCCACUGAAGUUUGAUAAAGUGAACUUACAUAGAUAAAAGGCUACAGAAUUCAUCGAUCAAAUCAUGGUCAAUUAAAUAUGGUGUAACGGUUACAACGACUAAACCAAAUGGAAUUAGAUAUGUAUAUAAACGAAAAUCAAAGAGUUAAUCUCAUUUGAAAGUGUCUUUCAAUUUGAAAUGUGUUUAUUUUGUUUAAUUUUAGUGUUUGAGUAUUAAUUGAUGUACUAUUCAAUCGGUGGAACGACCUGAGGGAUUUUUUAACGUAAACACAUUUGAGACAACCGAAAAAGAAAACAAAGAGGAUAUUUAUAUAUAUAUUCUUUUUCAAUAUAUCGCAUUAUGUUAAUAUUACUGCUCAAUCGAAACAAAUGCAAAUAAAAUAAUAAACACAGCAUGAACAUAUAAACAGGAUGCCACUGAAGCAGUCAUAUUUCUUAUAAUGGAUCAAAAUGAAACCGCCAUUGGUCAUGCUGAAGAAGUAACUAUCAACGUAUUGAAUGUUCUUGUACUUAUUAUAUCUGUUGCUGGAAUGGUUCUCAACACAACGACCAUUGUUGCGCUCUUACACUUGCCUUGGUCAUCCAGACCAAACAUACGUCUCAUUCUAAGUUUAUGCGUAGCUAAUUUCUUAUUUUCAUUAAAUUUUCUAGUGUACAUGAUUGCAUAUUAUAGUAAUCCGAUUGGGAGUGGAAUUGAAGCUACGUGUUUAAUGUUUGAAGUUCUCAGAUGUGUUUUGUAUCUGUAUGUAUAUUUCAACUUAGCAUCCAUCAUUUUGGAUUUAUGCUUAGCAGUUACAAAUCCGUUAGGAUAUGCUUCAAUAGUUACACAAGGAAGGACUAACAAGCUUUUGUUUAUUAACGCCUUCAUUUCUCUGGUGAUUAUGGCAUUAGCGAUUACCUUUAAUUUUCUGACAUUAACUGAAGCAACUAAUGUUUACAGCCACGAGAGCAGCUGUUCAAUAUAUCCAAGCUAUGUGUAUAUACGUUCAUUCAAUUGGAUAUUUAAAGUUUCCGUAUUUAUAUGCAUUCCAGUGUUUAUUGUAUUAUUGAUAAUAAUAUUCUUGGCUGUUAAAGCAACAAACUCUUCAACAAACCGCCAGCCAUCAAACACUCGCGGUGUUAUAACUGUAAUGUUAGUGGUUUUCGUAUUUCUUGUUUGUUUUGCACCAUAUCAGUUUAUAUCUUUUUAUAUCCAAUACUCUCCAACAAGUUAUCAAAACUUCUCCACUUUGGCACACAUUUUAGAAAGACUAUCUUAUUUAUUUGAAUUUUUUGUACCAUUAUUAUAUUCUUUUAGAUUUCAAGAUGCUAGAAAGGGUUACACACUUAUGUUUAAGAAAUGUGUCUCUGCGGCAUCAGAUUACCACAGUGUUUUUACAGGUGAAUAAUUGUUUCAGAAAAUGUGAUAAAUGAACACUUGAAAAUAAGUAUUAUAUCUUUAUUCUUGUUAUUUUAUGUCUCAAAAUAUUUAAAUCAGUCGAAAUGCAUAAAAGAUAUUAUUAUUCUUAUGUUUUCUUGAAUUCAUGAGUAAUUUAUUUAACACAAGAAUAACAUACUGUAAUCAAGCCAGACUCGUUUGGAUGCUCCUAUAAGGUGCUUUUUGUAUUGUUUUUCUUUUUUUAUGAUAUUUGUCUAAAUAUUGUUGUGCACUCUAGUUGUUUCUUGUAAAAGCAUUUUUGCAACAAAUAUUAUAUCAAAAGAUUUUUUUAUGUUAAAAUAAAAGUCUAUAUAUUAUCA